UUCAUGAAUGAUUGCAUAAAAUAUUUUCAUACCGUCUUUACUCUAAAGAAACCCAAAGCGCAGCGUUUAAUCGCCACAGGUACCCCUGCGCACGCUCUCUCUUUCCCUCCCACUACCGUAUUUGGUUAUUGCUUCAUAGUGCAUAUAGGUAGAGUAGGAGCUAGAAACUUAUGGAUUCCAGCAUUUCUGAAUUUGCAUAAAUGGUACACCUUUCCCACAAAUUCUCUACAAUACCCAUAAAUUUCAUCCCAAAACAAUUCUCCAAACACCUUCCCCAACAAAUCCCAUCCCAAAUAACCCCUCCAUUCAUCCCUUUCUCUCAACGUCAAAACCAACGCUCCCUUUUAGAAUCUCAACUCAUUUCAGCUCUCAAUUGCUGCACUUCCCUUACCCAAAUCCAACAAAUCCAUGCUCGUAUCCUCCGUAAAGGUUUUGAACAAUGCUGCUAUGUUCUCACCAAGCUAAUACGUAUCCUCACGAAAAUGGAAAUCCCAAUGGAUAGUUAUGCUAAGCUUGUUUUUAAUCAGGUUGAGAACCCAAACCCAUUUCUUUGUACUGCUCUUAUUCGUGGGUAUUGUUUACAAGGUCAUGUUAAGGAAUCUGUUUUUGUGUACAGUGAAAUGAGGAAAAAAAAUGUUUUGCCUAUUUCGUUUACGUUUUCGGCUCUUUUUAAAGCUUGUGGUGUUGUUAAUGAUGUGGAUUUGGGUAGGCAAAUUCAUGGCCAGACGAUUUUGAUUGGUGGGUUUGGGUUUGAUUUGUUUGUUAAGAACAGUUUGAUUGAAAUGUAUGUUAAGUUAGGGUUUUUAGGAUGUGGGAGGAAGGUGUUUGAUGAAUUGCCUGGAAGGGAUUUGAUUUCCUGGACGGAGUUGAUUGUUGGGUAUGUGAAAGCUGGGGAUAUGGAAUCUGCAGGGGAAUUGUUUAGUGAAUUGCCUAAGAAGGAUAUGGUGGCGUGGACGGCGAUGGUUACGGGGUAUGCUCAGAAUGCUAAGCCUAGAGAAGCAUUGGAAUUUUUCGAGAGGAUGCUAAAUGAAGGGGUUGAAACAGAUGAGGUUACUUUGGUUGGGGUUAUUUCUGCUUGUGCACAACUAGGUGCUGCAAAAUAUGCGAACUGGAUUCGGGAUACUGUUGAGAAUUUGGGGUUUAGUCCUACUCGUUGUGUUGUAGUGGGAUCGGCUUUGAUUCAUAUGUACUCGAAGUGUGGGAGUGUUGAGGACGCAUAUAAGGCUUUUAAGGUAAUGGAAGAAAAGAAUGUGUUUUCAUACAGUUCGAUGAUUGCAGGGUUUGCUAUGCACGGUUAUGCUUAUGCGGCAUUGGAAUUAUUCCAUGAAAUGGUGAAAAUUGGGAUCAAACCAAAUAAAGUUACGUUUAUUGGAGUGCUUACAGCUUGUAGCCAUUCAAGAAUGGUAGAACAAGGUCGUCAAAUAUUUGAAUCGAUGGAGGAGAAAUUCGGGAUUUCUCCAGGUGUUGAUCAUUAUUCUUGUAUGGUUGAUCUUCUUGGUCGAGCUGGAUGUCUAGAAGAAGCACUUAACCUUGCUGAAACAAUGCCAUUAGAGCCUAAUGGAGGUGUUUGGGGGGCAUUGCUAGGAGCAUGUCGGACUUAUUCUAAUCCUGAUAUCGCUCAGAUUGCUGCUAACCAUUUAUUUGAGUUAGAACCUAAUGCUAUCGGAAACUACAUCUUGCUUUCUAACAUAUACGCUUCAGCAGGACAGUGGAACGAUGUUUUAAUGGUAAGGAAAAUGAUGAGAGAGAGAGGUCUAAGAAAAAAUCCUGGAUGUAGCUGGUUGGAAUCCAAGAAGGGUGUAAUUCAAGAGUUCUUUUCCGGAGACAUGUCACAUCCAAGGUACGGUGAGAUGAAGCAAGUGCUCGAGGAUCUUCUAAAUAGGUUAAAAGCUAUUGGGUACCAGCCAAACAUGAAUUCUAUUGCUUAUGAUGUGAGUGAUGAAGAAAAGAGACGAAUACUAAUCACUCAUAGCGAGAAGCUAGCUCUGGCAUUCGGGCUACUCGAUAUAAAUGCCGAUUUCCCCAUAAGGAUUAUGAAGAACAUAAGAAUGUGUGAAGAUUGCCACUCAUUUCUUUGUGCUGUAUCUCAAAUCACAAGAAGGGUAAUUAUUGUAAGGGAUAACUUGAGAUUUCACCAUUUCCAUGAUGGGAAGUGCUCUUGUGGUAACUUCUGGUGAUCGGUGAAAGUUGAAUAUUUUUCAAGGUGCGAUAUUGAUACAUUUGAAUCUUUUACACAUAUAUUGAAUCUUAUCUAUCGUAGAUGGUGAGAUAGGAUUUUGUAUGCCAUCAUAUUCUGAAACUUGCAUCAUAACAAUGUGUUGCAUUUUUCCAACCAAAAGCUGUUGGUAAAAA